AUGACGCCUACUGGCACCUUUUCCGGCCUGUCUCUGCCGGCUUGGCUUGCCCGCAUUGUGGCGCCACAGCUUCAGCCCGCUCCGGACCAACCAACCAGAGCGCUCAACGGCCCGGUCCAAGCCACAGUUUUUUUGUGUCACGUUGAUGCUCCUCAUCUUGUUCCCUUUGGCUUCCCUCUUGCCAUCCGUUGCACAGUCGACAACCCGCAUGCUCACCACCGCCGGCACCGCCGCCGCACCACCGCCAUCAUGGACAUGAUGGGCGGCAUGAACAUGGACCACCCAGGCAUGGGCACCGACAUCAACCACGCCUUUUCCCGCGACUACUGGUACAUAACCGCCGGCGUCGUCGGUCUGCUCGCCGCCAUACGCGCCGUCAACGCCUACAGCGCCCACGUCCGAAUCGCAUCAUGUCGCAAUCCCGCCAUCCAGCAUCCUACCCGUCCCGACGGCCGCCUCUCCCAGGCCUGGGCCACCGCCACCGCCGUCGUCCGCGAGAUGGGCCACCCGCAGUACGUGCUCCGCGGCCGCGCCGUGCGCUGGGCAACCCCCCUCCCGCUCGGCCGCAUCCUCGCGCUGCUCUGCUACUGGGCCGUCAUCGUGUACUUCAUGUCCUGGCGCGUCGUCGCCAACGAUCCCACGUACUGGGAGCGCAUCGGCUUCCGCAACGCCUGGGUCACCGUCUGCCAGCUGCCCAUGCUGUACCUGCUCGCCAUGAAGUACAGCCCGCUCGGCUUCCUGGUCGGCACCAGCCACGAGCGCAUCAACUGGCUGCACCGCUGGGUCGCCCGCACCAUGUUCGUCACCGCCACCGUCCACGGCUUCCACUUCUGGACCGAGUGGGUGCGCGCCGACUUUGUCCAGUACGAGCUCGAAAUCAUGCCCAUGGUCAAGUACGGCCUCGGCGCCUGGGCCGUCCUGCUCUGGUCCGUCGUCGUCGGCUUCGUCCCCGUCCGCCGCCUGGCCUAUGAGAUCUGGCUGUUACAACACAUCGUCUCGGCCGUCGUCAUGCUCUGGCUCGUCCACGUCCACGUGCCCGCCAACGCCCGCCACUUUCUCUGGAUGGCCGUCGCCUUUCUCGCCGUUGACCGGCUCGCGCGCUGGGCCAACCUGCUCUGGCAAAACGUGCAGCUGCGCCGCGCCGCGUCCGCCUGCGAGCGCCGCACCCGCAUCGGCCACCGCGUCGUCGCCCGCGCCGUCGGCGACCAUACCACCGUCCUCACCAUCAAGGACGUCCACUUCCGCUGGUCCCCCGGCCAGCACAUCUACCUCUGGGUCCCGCGCCUCGGGCCGCUCGAAGCCCACCCGUACACCAUUGCCUGCGCGCACAAGCUGCGGGGCACAUGCUGCUGCCACAGCAUCCAGCUCAUUAUCCGCGCCCACGGCGGCUUCUCCCGGCGCGUCCACAAGUACGCCGCCGAGAACCCCGACGCCGAGCUCACCGGCCUCGUGUCCGGCCCGUACGGCGCCCCGGCCAACUGGGACGCCUACGAGCGGCUCGUGCUCAUCGGCGCCUCCACCGGCGCCAGCUUCGUCGUGCCGAUCCUCGAAGCCGUCGCCGCCAAGAGCAGACAGGACACGUGCGUGCGCCGCAUCGACCUGGCCGUUAUUGCAAAGUCGGCCGCCGAGACGCAGUACUACCUGGCCCGCGCCAAGGACGCUGCCCAGGCCGCGCACGCCAACGGCAUCGACAUGCACCUGCACCUGGCCAUUACCGGCGACACCGCCGCCGCCGCCGCGCGCGACAAGACCACCAGCCUGCUGCAGGGAGCCGCGCGCGACAGCUCUGAUAUAGAGGCCGACGAGAAGCGCGCCACCGUGCACAGGACGUCGGCGGACCGCGCCAGCCGCUCGGACAGUGACUCGCAGCAGGCCACGCACGUCGUCAGGGAAUACGCCGCCCGGCCGGACAUUGAGGCCCUCAUCAGGGAGCCCGUCGAGGACGCCUGGGGCGAGACGGCCGUUGUCGUCUGCGGCGGCAAGGAAAUUGUCGCCCGCACGCGCAACUGCGUCGCCGCGCUGAGCGACGAGCGCGCGGUGCACAAGGGGACCGGCGCGCAGGGGAUAUACCUCCACGUCGAGGAGUAUGCAUUUUAG